ACACUUUGCAAAAAGAGGGAGCUCGCAGGUGGCACUGUGACGUUGGGAGGUACUGAGGAGGUGGCUGCGUGCUUGGGGUGCUGGGUGAAAUAGGCUGGGGCUUUGUCUGUAGGGAUUUUGGUCUGGAGUUCAGUAGAAAUUCGGACGAACUCAGAUGCUGCCGUGUUUGGUUCUAUUUUACUUUGCUGUAGCUGAGAGCAGAAUGUUGUUGGCAGUGACUAAUUUGUAGCUUUCGGGGUGGUUGCUUGGAUGUUUCUUACAUGGCAGAGGUGAAAUGCGUGGACUGUGGCAGGAGGCUCUGCUGCAUUUUAAAUCCUGUGUGAGAAGAGGUGCAACAUUGCUGGGGAAGAGAGGAAGGCACUUUGGGUUGGCUUGCUCUUUCUGCACAGAGCUUAUGGAAGCCCCUGUGCCUAAGCACAGCUGUUUGUAAAGCGUCAGGGAUGGAUUUGUCUUACAGGUGAUCACUGCAAAUAUUUCAACGAGUUUCCUCUUAAAUCAAUACUCUGCAUAACCAAGACUGAGCUACACCUUGGUGGUCUCUAGCCAAGUCCUGUUGGCUGAGCGUCUCCAAAGAAACCCCCAGCCACAAGCCUUUAAACAGGCAGCUGCGUCUCUCAGGCAGUGGUGCCCACAGUGCUUACCUCAACGUUCAGCAGCAAACCCCUGCUAUUUUAACUUUAUCCCUUCUGGCUUUUCCAGUACCCUUGGCUUGGAUAGAAACCGCCUGUUCCAUCAGAAGGGGUAUCCCUUUGCACUGGUGCCCUACCCAGGCAUUUAGUCAUGUUCUGAAAAGCUUAUGCUCAUUCGUUUCUUUUAAAUUUAACCAUAUUACGACACAUGAGAAUGGAUGGAAAAGCAGUGGUAGUUAAGGCCUUUUGCAAGCAAUGCUUGUUUGAUUGCUCAUACUAAUAAACUGUAGAUCAUUUAAGAAGUGCAGCUUUGAAUAGAUUAACUACUGGGAUUAGUGCAUCUGACUUCUCAUCACUGACUUCACUCCUGUGAAGGGGGGCUGCUUGCAGGGCUGAGUCCUCAUUUGGAAGAAAAGCAUGAGGAUGAAAAUUCAGUGAUUUAACAAUUGUUGAAUUUCUCCCAUAAAUGCAUACUUACUUGAAUCCUCAGCUGUUGUAGUGCCAUGGAUUUAAUUGAUUUGUGCUAGCUGAGUAUCAUCCCAAGGCAUGUAAACUCUAGGCAAUACUCUUUAAAUUACUUACAGAAUAGCUAAUAUUGAUAUAAGAUAAUGUGGUAGAAAUUAAAUGAGGGUUGCCAUUGUGCCUUGUUCUUCCCUUCCUCCCCACCCCCCCGAGGCAGCCAUUGGAAGGUCUACCAUGCUGCCAGGAUGUGAUUCUGGAACAGUGUCUGGAGUCCUACAGCAUCUGCUGCAUUUCUGUCAGCCUCAUUUUUGUGUGCAUGUCUAGAUUCACACAAACAAAAAGCAGAUCGGUACUGACUCUAAACCCUGCUCCAAAAGCAUCCACAAAUCCUCCCAGCUGGGCUGGUGGAAGGGGAGAGUGAAUCAAAUCUGCAGCCAGCUGUAGGUGGGAGGCAGCAGGCAGAUGGCAUGCGGCUGUGUGAGGGUGGCUGGUAAAAGCCGUGUGCUGCUGGGCAUGCUCGUUCAUUUCAGCAGUUACUGGAUUUCCUGUUGUGGUUCUUUGUUGCCCAGCCCAGAGGAGCGCCUUUGGCUGCAGGACAUGCAUCUGAGUGCAGCUGGGGCUUGAGUGCUGGUGUGUAGAAACGAUGAUGCUGUGCCAAAGUGCAGCAGCAGCAGCACCCAGAGUUGGGACGUGGGGUAGGGGGGCUGCACACAGGAAAAGAAAAUCCACUCCGGAGAGACUCUUCUUCACUGCCUCAUCCUAUGGAGGAAUCACCACUGCCCAUCUACAUUGAGGAGGGGACAGAAGUCCCGAUUGGUACCGAGUGCAAGGUACUGAGUGCCCUCCUAUCCUUUGCAGCCAAAAAAGAAUUGAUUGCUCUUGGCAUCGGGCAAAUCUGGACCCAGAAGACCGCAGAAAGCAGAAACAUGGCAACAAAGGAGAAGCUUCAGUGCUUGAAAGAUUUCCACAAGGACAUCCUCAAACCUUCCCCCGGCAAGAGCCCGGGGACGCGGCCUGAGGAUGAGGCAGAAGGAAAGCCGCCCCAGAGGGAGAAGUGGGCGAGCAAGAUUGACUUUCUGCUGUCCGUGGCUGGGGGAUUUAUUGGCUUAGGCAAUGUCUGGCGGUUUCCGUAUCUCUGCUACAAAAAUGGCGGAGGUGCAUUUCUUAUUCCUUAUUUCAUUUUCCUGUUUGGGGGAGGUCUUCCCGUUUUCUUCCUGGAGGUGGUGCUAGGACAGUAUACCUCUGAAGGUGGAAUUACAUGCUGGGAAAAGAUCUGCCCUAUUUUCACUGGAAUUGGUUAUGCUUCCAUAGUGAUUGUGUCCCUUCUGAACGUGUACUACAUUGUGAUCCUGGCCUGGGGACUCUACUACCUGUUCCAGUCGUUCCAGAGCGUCCUGCCAUGGGCACACUGCCACCAGAAGUGGAACACGCCGACCUGCGUGGAAGACACUCUCAGGAAGAACAAAACCCUCUGGAUAUCACUGAAUGCCACUAACUUCACCUCUCCAGUCACAGAGUUCUGGGAGCGCAAUGUACUGAGCUUGUCCUCGGGGAUUGAAGAUAUUGGUAUUAUCAAGUGGGAUCUGGCACUGUGUCUCCUCCUUGUCUGGGUGAUAUGCUUCUUCUGCAUUUGGAAAGGAGUCAAAUCCACUGGGAAGGUAGUGUACAUCACUGCCACGUUCCCAUUCAUCAUGCUCCUUGUUCUGCUCAUCCGUGGUGUGACCCUGCCUGGAGCUGCAGAAGGCAUCAAGUUUUAUCUUUAUCCUGAUAUCUCACGGUUAGCUGACCCACAGGUCUGGAUAGAUGCAGGGACACAAAUCUUCUUCUCAUAUGCAAUCUGCUUAGGAGCAAUGACUUCCCUGGGGAGCUACAACAAGUACAAAUACAACUGCUAUAGGGACUGUUUGCUGCUGGGAUGCCUGAACAGUGGUACCAGUUUUGUGUCUGGCUUCGCAAUUUUUUCCGUCCUGGGCUUCAUGGCACAAGAGCAAGGGGUGAACAUUGCUGAUGUGGCAGAGUCAGGUCCAGGCCUGGCCUUCAUUGCCUACCCAAAAGCUGUGUCCAUGAUGCCACUGCCCACCUUUUGGGCAAUCCUUUUUUUUAUUAUGCUUCUGUUGCUUGGACUGGAUAGCCAGUUUGUUGAAGUUGAAGGACAGAUCACGUCAUUAGUUGAUCUGCACCCAUCCUUCCUAAGGAAGGGUUACCGACGGGAAAUCUUCAUCGCUAUAGUAUGUUUCCUUAGCUAUCUUCUGGGACUAACUAUGGUGACUGAGGGUGGCAUGUAUGUUUUUCAACUCUUUGACUACUAUGCAGCUAGUGGUGUAUGCCUUUUGUGGGUUGCAUUCUUUGAAUGUAUUGCUGUAGCCUGGGUUUAUGGCGCUGAUAAUAUUUAUGAUGCCAUUGAGGAUAUGAUUGGAUACAGACCUGGUCCCUGGAUGAAAUGGAGCUGGAUUGUGAUCACACCAGUUCUUUGUGUGGGGUGCUUUAUCUUUUCUUUGGCCAAGUACAAACCACUGACCUACAACAAGGUCUACACAUACCCUGAGUGGGCAAUCGGCCUGGGAUGGGUUCUUGCCCUUUCCUCCAUGAUCUGCAUCCCUAUGGUGAUGGUCAUCCGCAUCAUACGGUCAGACGGGUCGCUCAUUGAGAGGAUAAAAGCAGUGGCUGCCCCCAAGGAAGUGAAUCGGUGGUCCAAAGAAACAGAGAGUGGCACUCCCUUCUGCCCCAAUGGAACUUCGAAUGGCGGAUUGAUCAAGCCAACUCAUAUCAUUGUGGAAACCAUGAUGUGAGCUCUCUCUGUGAGAGGAUAAACCUGCUUUAACUGCCGUUUACUAACCAUAGAUUCUCAUAGGACCAGGUUUACAGAGCUUUAUAUUUGCACUAGGAUUUAUUUUUAUUUCUCACAGAGAAAGUUAUUUUUUGUGUGUGUGUUUUUUUUUUUUUAAUAUUUUGUAAGGUAAUCACAGCAGAUGUCUCUCUGUAGAGGGAGAGCAUUCAUAUCAGACUAGACAUAUUACAGGAAUUUACUAUUAUUGUUUUUUUUUAAAUAUAUAUAUCUUUAUCUCUAAGCGUUAUACACCUUACCACUUGAAUUGAUUGUCUUGCCAGCAAUAUAUUCAAGUCUCAGAAAGCAAUUUUAGGUGCUGGUGUGGUUGGGAGCAGGGUAACCUACAGAACACACAAAAGGCGCUCUGUUGAGAGAUAUGAGAAAAAAAAAAAACAACAACAAAACAAAACACAAAGAUGCUGUUUCAAGAGAAUUUUCAAAGGUGUAGUAUUUCCACCCUCUGGUUCAAUUGUGGUAAACGACAGGCUUCAGGGUCACAUGAGGGAAAAGGGUGCACUUAUGUUUAGCACAGUCCCUGAAUAGAGAUAGCAGCGGGCAGCUGGAGCAGGGUGUGUGAGGGGGCAGAGCUGGGUGUGCAGAGCCUUGCAGCCCUUCCCUGCAGGCACAGUGCUGGGAUCCAGGCGUGCAAACAAGAGGAGGGCUUGAGGAAGGUGUUUGCAGGACUUGGCCCUGCUCACUCUUUUAUUGUUAUUUUUUGUUUAGGUGAAGUGCCUGCUGCUUGUGCAUGAGUGGGUGGGCUGAGCACCUGCUCUUUAGUGUUCCAGCAAAGGAGAUUUUAGCAGAGGUGUCACUGGGAUAAGCUUGAAUUCUGCAGCCUGUCCCCCAGUGAGCAGCACAAAGCAGCACCUGUGAUCCCGGUGCUUCAGGUGUUUGCCCACUCAUUCGUUUGCGUGUUAACUAUUGGACUUUGUUUGGGGCAUAAGCACUGUUUAUAACCUUGUUAAUAAUAGCAGUGAUGAAGAUAAUAAUAUCAGCCAGCAAACAGGUGCUUUUCAUCCACGUAUCUCGAGAAUGCUUUGCUAGGUUUGAUAGCCAGGAUUCUCUUUAUUUAUUUAUUUGGAGGAAUUAGAUACUGUUGGGGGAACAGAUGGAAGGACUGUGCCUCUUAAAGCAGCAGGGGAUCCGGUGUGUGCUAACUGCUGAGUCACAGCCUGAGCCACUGAUUGAGCACCUGGGGAAAGGACCCGGUCAGCCCUGGGAGCACAGGUGAAGGCAAUUCAGCUGUGUGACCAGAAGGGGUGGAGCCUGGCUGCACCUCUCUUAGACCUCAUUUAAGUGCUGACUGCCCUUCUAGAAGGAUCUCUGGUUGGAGAUUCCUCCUUUGUGGAGCCUUUUCUGCAAUCCUAGGUCUUCAGAUAUGGGUGAGCACCUUUUCCUUUUCUAUUGUAACACUGUUCUAUCCAUGCUGGUCCCUUUGCUGUUACACUCCUGUAUUGCUCUUCCACUGCGUUGCUCUUUCUGAUGGUAACAGCUGGGUUUUCUAUCUGCUUGCCCACCGUUAGGUUAGAUGGUAAUAUCUUUUUUGAGGGCGGCAGAUAUUUCUAAAGCCUGUGGAUAUGUCUGCUAAAGAAACAGGACUUAGGGGACUUUUGAGUUAGAGGAAACGUAACAUUGUAGUGCUUUGUAUUUAUUUGGUCCAAAGGGAUUGCGUACCAUUCCAGGUUGAGCUGAGGAAUAAGGAAUGCACUGCUGGGAGGAGUGUGGCAGUGGGGGUGCAGCAGCUUUGCUGGGUGCUGCUUUGUGUGGGCCGGGGGGGUGCUGCCAUGGGGGGCUGCUCCCUGAAGGCUGUCCAAGGCGUGGACAGAAGUCUUCUUUUGUUCUGUUUUAAACUUGAGCAGGUUGUGCUGGGAACAGAUUCUCUGGCAAAACUCAGCCUUUUCUUGUGGGCAUUGUAUUUUGAGGGAGAGUUUUUUGUUCUCAUGAUACCCCGAUAUUAGGCUAUCCAAAGGUAUCUAGAGGAAAUAACUUGACAACGGCAGAGCUUCUAUCUGUUGAUUUUGCUGUCAGCUUAGUCUGUUGGGGCAGAUGUUGUCAUUGAAACAGGAACAUAUCCAGUUUGAAACAUUCCUACGCAGAAGGUUUGAUUUGUUUUCUCACGUCCCACAGACUAACUGGCCACAGCAGCACACUUGUUGAAUAACUUGUUGGUAUUACUGUAAAAGAAAAAGGGUGAUUUAAAGUUAAGAGAUGGACCAAAAGCAAAACAAGAUUUUUUUUUUCUAGUUUUAAUUUGUACAUAUUUUUACAUCAAAUGGCUGAGCAGCAACAAAACCAGCCAUGUCAACAUUGCUUUUGUUUUCUUUUUCUGGUUGCUGUAUUACAAGAGUUAUAAAGGAAACUUUUCCACAGCUGGCGAUGGCAAACACCUUGAUUUCAGCUGCAGGGCAGUGGUGACUGCCAUCCCAACAGCAGGAAUCCCAUUGAGCCAGGAGGCUUCUGGCUGGAAUUUGCCAUCAGAUGUGUGUAGAGUAAGGAAGCAUGCAUACAGCUGUUUUUGUUUUUUAAUCUUUUAACCAUCAAAGACAAGGAAAUGCGAUCACAGAUAACUCUUUCAGUGAGAUUCAACAUGGACCCUUGUUUUUGAGUUACGAUUAGUGUCUGCAGCACGCAGGCAUGCUUGCCUGGGUUAAGAUUGAAGCAGAAGGUUUGGGGGGUGGGGGGGGUGGGAGUCUAAAUUAAUGGUUUAUGUGAGCGCAGAUGAAACACUGAUGCUUAAUUUAUAUUUUAUUUUCUUGGUAUGUUGUCAUACGGCUGCGUAUGAGAUUUGUUUGCACAUCAGGUUUGUAGUAUAGAGCUGAGAUAAGCUUCAGGUAGGACAAAAAUGGUUUGACUACAUUGAAAAUGUCUGGCGAGUCAGUUAGCCAUCUCCCACUUGUGGAGAGCAUCUCUUGUGCUGAAAACCAGAGGGUCAAUACUACACCUUUAAAAGUGCAACAACCAGAGAACCAGAACCCAGCCCCAUUUUGAUGUGAACUUGUGCCAUUCAAAUCAGUCGCUUCCAUGUACCACGUGAAAGAGUCUUGCACGUAUGCAACAACCUCAUUGAAGUGUUCUCCAAGUACACUGCUCUGGCCCUGCUGUGCUUGUCAGCCUGACUGCAAGGGAGGACUGGGGCUCACAGAGGGCUAAGAAACGCUUCUGGAAAACAGUUCCCUUCUCCCCCUCCAAAAUGAUUCUUUCUGUUUUAAUGGGGUUUGAGUUCCAAUGAGGAUGUGCACAUUUUAAAGUGUUUUUUACCUGACGUUUUUUAUCGGGUUUCUGAACUUUUCUUGUUGAUAAAUUUGCAUUUCAACGUGAUCCUCUGCCGAAAUUAUUAAAAACGAAUUUUUAAGUCUGUGUUUCCUACCUAUUUAUGAUUGCAAAUACAAUUGAUUUCUUGUUCCUAAUUGUUUAAACACUUGUGACUUAUUUUAACUGUUUUUUGUAAAUGAGGAACUCUAUACUGAGUUAUCAUGGCUAGUCGUAAGUGAACUGGUUUGGAUACUGAUUAAAAUUAAGUGUGGGUUUUGACAUGAGAUCUUUAGGAUGAGAGCAUUGAAUGUAAAAAAAAGAACGAAACAAAAGCACACCUUUCGUAUCCCACACGCCUUUAUUGCUCAGCUCCUGUGGGAUUGGAACCAGCACAUUUCCAGCAGCAUUCCUUCCCAGCUGAGCUGAGAGUGGGAGGUGGCAGAACUGCAAAUAACAUUUGCACCAUGAGACUGUCUGAGUUGUUCCUAAUCUUUCUCAGUUUUCCAAACGUCUGUUGUAGUUCACCUGUGACUUGUUAUGAUCUUACUGAAUGGGCAUCUAUUGUAAGGGACUUUACCAGUAUUCUGUAUUUUGGUAUUUAAACAAUAUGAUUUCAUAAAUAGAACUGGUUUUUAUUACUAUUAUUGUUGUUGCUACUGUUGUCAUUUACCUUUUCAUCUAUAGCUUUCCUUUUCAUCUGGUCCAAACAGAUCCAUGCAUUUAGAAAAGUCUUCUUUGAAGUGUGAAUAGUAGGUCCACCAUGGAUUUGUUCUUGUGUUGUAAAUGGAAAUAUCAAAGCAUAGCAGCUGUAUUUACCAUCUUAAACAAUGCUGGUGUUCAACCUGCAGUAGCAAUGCAGCUCAGGAGUGAAGAGUUGGGUGAAAUCAGUCCUGGAGCAGCAAAGCUGAUUGCCACUGCUGUUCUUGGGGGGAGGAGGAAAGAGAAAAAGGUGGUGCAGCCUUAUGGUUGGUGUAACACACACAAAAAAUAAACCCACACAUCUGCAGAACCUUUUUUUGCCACUGUCAGGGUAGCGUCUUCUGCGGCAGUUUGCAGUCUGCUGUGCAUCCACCUUUCUCAACUGCAGGUGUUCCUGUUCCUCUUCUCUGUCUCAGCAUUAGAACAGUUCAGACAGCUCUGAAGACACAUGGACAUUUCCAUUCAAUAGGCUUUUUACGAGUCUCCUCCAGGUUUGCUUUUAUUUGCCAAGGAGACUUGCAGUUUUGGUGAGGCUGUGCUUGUCACACUGGGGUUCAAAGCUCCCACUUUGUGCCAAUGGCAGAAUUCCAUCGGUGGGAGACUUGAACCCUCUGUAUAACUGAUUAUUGGCUUCCACAUCUGUGGUCAUUGCAGCAUCGCGUGUGGAGGCAUAGUGUAUAUAGAAUGUUAAAUAAGCUGUGUAUUGAAUGGAGUGGACGAGUUAGCUAAGCAGCUCAAGUAUACUUGGAAGAAAGAUGACCCUGAAAUCAUUUCCAGAAGGUUCAAUGCAAGUUGCUCACUUUGAGUAACAGAUUAAAAAAAAAAAAGCCUGUGCUUACAUAGACCAAUAGAUGAAAUCUUCCACCCUUAUAAGCAUGCACACGAGUGGGGACAUUGCCUCCAUUCCAAGGCUGCAAAUUAUGCAUAUGACUUUCCAAGCUAUUGGAAUGGGAACUGAGAAGGUUUAGGCACAGCUUUCCUAGAAAGUGCUGACCUCCAGGGCAUCCAAAUGGACUUAGCUAAACUGAGAUACUGAAAGGGAGAUGCAAUGCCAAAAUGCCGGGCCUUGGCCCUGCCGAGGAAUGCUUGAGGUCGGACUCCUGGCUCCGUGUAAGUCCAGCACGGCUCCUGCUGCGGGAGGUGGGAGUGCUGAGGGCUCAGGCAGCUGCCUUGGACUUGUUUCCUCCAAAAUCAGCAUCCAAAGCUUUGUGGUUAGGAUUAACAUUUAAUUGUGUAUUUGUAUAUUUGCAUGAGCAAAGGUCGGGAACUGUCAGAACCUAAAUAGCUCCUUUUUACUACUUGUGAUCAAAGAUGAGCGUAAGAAAGAAAGUUCUCAGUGGAGAAACCAAUGACCAGAAGCAGACCCUCCACCCCCAAGCUCCAUAAUUCGGUCACAGAAGGUGAUCCAUUGGUAUCAGUGGUUAAUUUGAGCUUGCUGGAGGAUUUGCUUGAGAACUACUUCUGGCAUAGGCAGCCUGAGCCCCAGCUGGAGAUCUGCCUCUUUCCCAGAGCGUGCCUCUCCCAUCCCCAAAAGCAGCUGCUCCUGCACAGUGAUUCUCUGCUUCUUUAAAAAGUAAUAAAAAUCUGAACUUGUUCAUUUCUAUUCGAAAAGUAAACAGAGGAAAUCACUUUUUGCAUGCUUCUCCCAGCUGCGAACUGUUGAUUUCAACUUACCCACAUCCUAAAGGUUAAAAAAAAAAAACCAACAAAACUUCAGAUGCGAUUUGACCAAAAAAAAAAAAGGGAUUUCUUAAGUUGAAGCCCUUCAGAAAACAAAUAACCAUUCCCACAUCCCCAAUAGAGGUGAAGAAGUUUGAUUGGUUUGAUUGCAGGGUUUGCCAUUGGAAGAGAGCCUGACCCUGCUGGCUAUUGAAUGACAGCCCAGACACGUCCUCCUUUGUUUUGUGGCUUUGUCCUAAUUGGAAAUAAACUGUAAAACUGUCAGAGUGUAAUUGCUGCAUGCUUUACACAGUUCUGUGCUUUAGGAGCAAAGUGAAUUAGAAACAGUUUAGAAAGGGGAGAGAGUGUGGAGGUUUCCUCCCUGUGUUGCAGCUCUGCGGCACAGCGCUGCUGCCUGUGUAGCCAUGGAGCACGGCCAGCCUUACAUGGAGCAGCUCUCUGUGCUUGGAGUUAUUGGGGAAAAGUGGGGGGGAAAAGGUGGGAAAUCAUUUAAAACAGUGCAAUUUGGUUGCGCUGAGGAGCUGUGCAUGUGUGCUUUGUGUGCGUACAGGGGAAGGCUUUGGUCCCGUAGCAUAGUACAUGUUAGCAUGAUAUACAUGGUUUCUAAAUCUCUUGCAUCUACUUCUGCAGUUGAGAUGUGAAAAAAAGAUUUGUUGUUAUUAUUUAAAGGAAUAAAUAAAAAAGAACAGUAGCAAACUCGUGUUGAGAGGCCAAUAAGGCCUCUGGGGCACAUCCAGGAGGUGGCAUUGCUCCUGGCCCACAGGGCACUGAGGUCUCUCAGCACCGCAGCAUCCCAGUACUGUUCUGAAGUGCUCGUUGUUCAAUAGGCUGUUGUUUUCCCAGUGUGAUGUGGUGGCUGUUACCUGAUAACGUUGCCCGGGGACGUCAUGUUGUGAGAGGUGGUCCGUCUCCUUCGAUGUAUUUGGCUGAAAAACAGUGGUGUUUUUGGGUUUUUUUUGCUUUGUUAUUUAAAUUCCUACCAACUGUGACUGCAGUACGGUGAUGAGGAGCACAUGCAGGGAGGGCCGGUGAUGAUAACUUCCUCCAAAUGGCAUCUGAACUUCUUAAGAAAAAAAGACAAAUAUUUUUAAAACGUUUUAAAACUGUGUGUGUGCGUAUGUAUGUGUGGGUCUGUAUGUAUGUAUGCGUGGGUGAGUGCGCCAAGAUGGAAUAUUUGUAUUGGAAAAUCCUCCUGGAGUGUAAUUUAAUCCUAUGACCCCCCCCCAGCCUUUGUGUAUAUGGUCAGUGUGUGUUUGUAUUUUGCAGUUUCUGUUCUGCUUUUUAGAUAAAUGAAAUGUAUAUGGAUAUUUUUAAGUCAUCUUUGCUUUUUUUUUUAGAUGAGUUUGUAAUCACCUUAUAACGGAAAAUAAAACUUUCCUUUAUAAACCA